AAGAGGCUAUUUGUACUACAUGUUAUGCUUUUUCAUUAUAUAAAUAUUCAAUUUGAAUAUCGAAUUUACUUUAUUUUCCACGUCGUGAUGAUUAUUGUAGCAACAAGGAAGCGUAGGUUAAGGAUGUUAAACGAAUUGGGACGUGGCCCAACGGCGCGACUGUUUGAAAACCCCGGGUCGUUGUUCUUCUGUGUUGUUUAGCAUUAGCUUAACUCUUUUCUAUACAUUUCCGUCUGUUAAAAAGUAGUCGAAAGAGCAUUUUAGGCGAAGUAUGGGUGUCCACGAAUUGUGGUCAAUCGUUGAGCCGGUUCGUGAGUCGGUGCCACUGUACAGUUUGAGCGGAAAGACGCUGGCAGUGGACCUGAGUUUGUGGGUCUGCGAGGCCCAGCAUGUCCAGGCGAUGAUGGGCAGAGUUACCAAGCCCCACCUCAGGAACUUAUUUUUCAGAGUGUCAUCCCUCACUCUUAUGGGAGUAAAGCUUGUCUUUGUGAUGGAAGGAGAAGCCCCUAAACUUAAAGCGGAAACUAUGAAGAAGAGGACAGAAACACGAUUUGGAGGAGUUAAGAAGACUUCUGCCCCGAAGACUAAAACAAACACCAGCAGAGGGCGCUUCAACGCUGUGCUCAGAGAGUGUGCAGACAUGUUGGAUUAUCUGGGUGUCCCCUGGGUGACAGCUGCCGGGGAGGCUGAGGCCAUGUGUGCCUACCUGGACUCACAGGGCCUGGUGGACGGCUGCAUCACUAAUGAUGGAGACGUCUUCUUGUAUGGAGCCCAGACUGUCUACAGGAACUUCAACAUGAACAGUAAAGACCCUCAGGUGGACUGUUACAGGACCUCCAGGGUGCAAACAGAGUUGCAUCUCUCCAGAGAGAAUCUAGUUGGUCUGGCCGUUUUCCUUGGCUGUGAUUAUAUCCCCAAGGGAAUACCAGGUGUUGGUAAAGAGCAAGCACUGAGGCUUAUCCAGAUGCUGAAGGGACAGACACUUCUGCAGAGGUUCGUUCAGUGGAAGGAGGAGGGUGCAGGUGUGUCUGAGGGAGUUGUUAAGAAGGUUCCUCACUGCCACAUAUGUCGACAUCCUGGCUCAGCAAAGACACAUGAGCGUGGCGGCUGUGUGCUCUGCGACAGUAAGCGUUUCUGUCAACCUCAGGACUUUGACUACCAGUGUCCCUGUGACUGGCACCGCUAUGAACAAACCCGGCAGGCCGUGUCCUUUGAGGCAAAUAUCAGAAAGAAAACACUGGCGAAUCAACAGUUCCCCUUCACAGAGAUCAUUCAUGAGUUCCUGAUUUCAAAGGACAAGCAUGUGUCACAUUUCAAGAGGAGACAGCCAAAUAUACUGUUGAUGCAGAAAUUUGCCUAUGACAAGAUGGAGUGGCCGAAGCACUACACCAGCGAGAAGGUUUUAGUCUUGAUGACAUACGCAGAGUUGAUGAACAGAAAAUAUGGAAGAGAAAUGUCCUCCCAAAUCAAACCUCGCAGAAUAUUGAAACCAAGGGUCAGGAAUUCGGUCGCUUGCUUCGAGAUCAUCUGGAGCACACCAGAGCAUUACGUGUUUCCUGAGGAUCGGCCUGCAGAGGAUCAACAUGAGGUGAGGACGGUGGAGGAAGAGUCUCUCGUCCGUAUGGCUUUCCCAGAGCUGGUGGAGAGCUACCUGAGAGACAAAACUCUGGCCGAAGAGAAGAAGACCAAGAAGAAAAAGCCAAAGAGUAAAAAGGAGAAGCCGUCCGAUGUCUCUGAUGGCAUUUCAGACCUCUUGGCUCAGAUGACUCUUCAGAGUUCCUCCAGCAAUCAACCACAAACGCUGCCCGCUACCAUUUCAAACACAGAAGAACCAGAAGUGGUGCUUUUGGACACUCCAGUAAGCCAUAAACAGCAACGGAAGUCAAAAGAGGACCACAGCAGUGUGGGCGAUUGCCCCAAAACUCCUCUGUCUCACACAGAAUCAGAAGCUGCUGCUGCUUCACCGUCCGUCUCUGUUGUUAUUGACGCUCUCCACCUGAGCGAUAUCGACUGGGAAGCUUUGUCCUUCACGUCCUCUCCAACGCCGCAAUCAGCUGCUGAGCCCAAAGUGAGCAAAACCACAGAGAGGGAUGUCAGGACGAUGGAGGGAGAAAACACCAAGCAGAAAACCUCACGUGACGUCACAGCAGCUGACUCCAGAUCUGCUCCAGAGUUGUGCUACACUGAGUGUCCUCUCAGGGACAGGCUGCUCAUGAGGAACGCUGCCAAAGCUGUGAACCAGAAGGAAAUGCACAAUGACGUGGUCUCAAAACAUGUAAACUAUGAGCUGGCCCCUCUCAAACACAUUCCUUCUCAUAACUCAAAACCAGACGGACAGAUCCCCAGUAAGUGUGGUAGUGAUGGUAAACUGGCAGAAAAAGAAUCUGCUGUCAACAAAGAAGAACCACUCACUUAUAAAAAGCAGUGUGCAGCAAGUAAAGCAGAAACUUUCAGCUCAAAACAGCCGCUGAGACCUGCAGCUAAAAGUAAGACAAAGGACAAAUGCAAUGGCUCCCAAAAGCCUCCUCAGAAAUAUAAAUUUGUCCGAAAAGCCGUUUCGUCACUGGCUGUCCCGCCACAGAGGUGCCACUCAGACCCCGGUCACAGUGGCGGGGACAGGAAGGAGCCGCAGGCCGGCAAGAAGAGCGUGUGUAUGAGUGUGUGUACAUCCAGUGAGGACAGUGAUGCAGAGAACCGGCAGUCUGGACCUCAAAGAAAAGCAAAGAACAAGAUCAAGGACCUCUCAGAGCUCCCCCUGAAACCUAAAACAACAGUGAAAACAGCUCCUAUCGAUCAGUAUUUACGACCAACAUGUCGGAGCGACGGAGCAGAUAUUGAGACAAACGAUGUCUCAGCAACUCAUGUGGUUGAUGAUGUGUUCCCUCAGACUCCAGCAUCACCUGCCGCUGUGUUGGACAGCGAUGAUUCAGUUAACUGCAGUCCGCUGCCACUGGCAGAGAGACUGAGACUGAAGUUCCUCUAGUGAGCAGCACCAUCACAGGAAGAUGGACAACAGCAUGUAAGAUACAGGUGCGUCUCAAUAAAUUUAGAAUAUGAUGAAAAGUCCAUUUCCAGUAGUUCAAGUCAAACUGCCCCAACCAAGUAUUGAGUCAUAUAGAUGGACAUGCUUUUCAGAGGGUAACAUUUCCAUAUUAAACAUACUUUUUAAAAUUGGUCUUUUGUAAUAUUCACAUUUUUUUGAAAACACUGAUUUCAGGUCUUCAUUAAAUGUAAGCCAUCAGCAUUAUAAUUAGAAGAAAUUAAAUAAAUUAAGACAUGAAAUGUUUCAUUCUGUGUGUAAUGGAUUUAUAUAAUGUGUUAUUUCCAUUUUUUUAAUUGACAUUGAUUACUGACAUAAAUAAACUUUCCUAUGAUAUUCUAAUUGAUUGAGAUGCACCUGUAUAAUGCUGAAUGUGAACAUUUCUUCUUUUUUCCACACAGAGGUCAUAAAGUUUGGGGAAAAAGGGUUUAUUUUGAUUAUUUUAAGGUUAGGAAUAUGCUUGAAUACUUGAUUUUACUCUGGAAAUUAGCAAACAUUUAAUAAUCAUGAUCAAAAUAUACAAUCAAAGUUAAAAAUAAACAAAGUUUCAAUAUACAUUGAAUGAUGUUACGGAUUCUUUAAACUUUAUUUUUCACAAUUGCAUUUAUAGUAAUAAUUCAGAUGUGAAUUGCAGCUUUUAUGAUUUAUAAAAGUGGGGAUUAUUGAUUUUAGGGACCUUGAAAAUGCUUGAAAAGUGCUUGAAUUUCACUCUUAAAAAGCUAAAUGAACUAGAUUUUCAACAAACACGAUCAAUUCAUACAAAAACAAUGUAAAUACAUGUUUUAAAUACACACUAUUAACAGUAACUACAUAAACUUUAGGUAAAUUAUAUUAGCUACAGUUAGAUAAAUUUCAGUUUAUUUGAUUUGAUGACAUAAAUGGUACUUUCUGGGUUUAUGUUAGAAUAACUUGACUCAACUGGAUGGAAAUUUAAUACGACAUUAAAAUUAGUAAACUUGAGAAAAUGGACCAAAACUUACUUUGACCCUCCUGUGGUCCUGGGCUCCUUUUUGGCCAAAAUGUAUAUUUGCACAUAUUGUCCAUUAUGCAUAUAAAU